GAGCGCGCGGCGCGGGCAGGCGAUCGGCGCCCGAGUGUGCCAAAACCCAGCGCGCGGGGGCGCUGCGCCGUCCCGGAGGCGCUGAUGGAUUGCAGGAGUGCCGGCGCUCGCCAGCCGAGGCAGCACGGCUCCGCGGACUUUUUUUCAAACUCCCAUCAAUGAGACUUCGAGGAGGAGAGGGAGGCGGCGGCGGCGACAGCGGACGCGGAGGAAGGCGAGGAGAAGCAGGAGAAGCCGGGGGAAGAAGCGCGGGCCGCGCGGCGCGACGGAGUCUUGCAGAGCUGCUUGCUCGCCAGCGGGUCGCCACCCGGGACUAUGAGCGGCUGAGAUGGACAUGUCGUCGGCCCCAGCCACGGCUGCCGAGAAGAAAGACGUCAAAAGUGGGAUCCUGGAGGGCAGCGGUUUCCCCGACCCGGGUAAAAAGGCCUGUCCUCUGGCGGUGGCCGCGGCGGCCGUCGCUGCCCAAGGAGUGCCACAGCACCUCUUGCCGCCAUUCCAUGCACCUUUGCCGAUUGACAUGCGACAUCAAGAGGGAAGGUACCAUUACGAACCUCACUCUGUCCACAGCGUGCACGGGCCUCCCACCCUGAGCGGCAGUCCUGUCAUCUCUGACAUUUCCUUGAUCCGGCUUUCCCCACACCCUGCUGGUCCUGGGGAGUCCCCCUUCAAUGCCCCGCACCCCUACGUGAACCCCCACAUGGAGCACUACCUCCGGUCUGUGCACAGUAGCCCCACCCUCUCCAUGAUCUCUGCAGCCAGGGGCCUGAGCCCCGCGGAUGUAGCCCACGAGCACCUUAAGGAGAGGGGGCUGUUUGGCCUCCCUGCCCCGGGCACCAACCCCUCCGACUAUUACCACCAGAUGACCCUCAUGGCGGGCCACCCCGCACCCUACGGGGACCUGCUGAUGCAGAGCGGCAGUGCCACCAGCGCGCCCCAUCUCCACGACUACCUCAAUCCAGUGGACGUGUCGCGAUUCUCCAGCCCCCGGGUGACCCCCCGGCUGAGCCGCAAGCGGGCGCUGUCCAUCUCCCCGCUCUCCGAUGCCAGCCUCGACCUGCAGCGCAUGAUCCGGACCUCGCCCAACUCCCUGGUGGCCUACAUCAACAACUCCCGCAGCAGCUCCGCGGCCAGCGGCUCCUACGGGCACCUGUCCGCCGGUGCCCUCAGCCCAGCCUUCACCUUCCCCCACCCCAUCAACCCCGUGGCCUACCAGCAGAUCCUGAGCCAGCAGAGAGGCCUGGGCUCCGCCUUCGGACACACGCCACCCCUGAUCCAGCCCUCGCCCACCUUCCUGGCUCAGCAACCCAUGGCCCUCACCUCCAUCAGUGCUGUGUCCACCCAGCUGAGCAGCGGCAGCAACUGUGUGAGCGAUGCCAACCAGAACAAGCAGAACAGCGAGUCGGCUGUGAGCAGCACCGGGAACCCCAUCACCAUUCACAAGAGGAGCAAGGUCAAGACUGAAGCUGAGGGCCUGCGGCCUGCCUCCCCAGUGGGACUGACACAGGAGCAGCUGGCUGACCUCAAGGAAGACCUGGACAGGGACGACUGUAAGCAGGAGGCCGAGGUGGUCAUCUACGAGACCAACUGCCACUGGGCGGACUGCAGAAAGGAGUAUGACACCCAGGAGCAGCUGGUGCACCACAUCAACAACGAGCACAUCCAUGGGGAGAAGAAGGAAUUCGUGUGCCGCUGGCAGGCCUGCACGCGGGAGCAGAAGCCCUUCAAGGCCCAGUACAUGCUGGUGGUCCACAUGCGGCGGCACACAGGCGAGAAGCCCCACAAGUGCACGUUCGAAGGCUGCUCGAAGGCCUACUCUCGCCUGGAGAACCUGAAGACACACCUGCGGUCCCACACCGGGGAGAAGCCCUACGUGUGCGAGCACGAGGGCUGCAACAAGGCUUUCUCCAACGCCUCGGACCGCGCCAAGCACCAGAACCGCACCCACUCCAACGAGAAACCCUACAUCUGCAAAAUCCCAGGCUGCACCAAGAGGUACACCGACCCCAGCUCCCUCCGGAAGCAUGUGAAAACGGUCCAUGGCCCAGACGCCCACGUCACCAAGAAACAGCGCAACGAUGUGCAUCUCCGCGCCCCGCUGCUCAAGGAGAACGGAGACAACGAGGCCAGCACUGAGCCUGGUGGCCGGGGGUCUGAGGACAGUGCUGAGGCCAGCAGCAGCAGCCAGGCAGUGGAAGACUGCCUGCACAUCAAAGCCAUCAAGACCGAGAGCUCCGGGCUGUGUCAGUCCAGCCCCGGGGCUCAGUCAUCCUGCAGCAGCGAGCCCUCUCCCCUGGGCAGUGCCCCCAACAAUGACAGUGGCGUGGAGAUGCCGGGGACGGGGCCCGGGAGCCUGGGAGACCUGACAUCGCUGGAUGACACACCCCCAGGGGCCGAUGCCCCAGCCCUGGCUGCCCCCUCCACUGGUGGCCUGCAGCUGCGCAAACACGGGACCACCAUGCACCGCUUCGAGCAGCUCAAGAGGGAGAAGCUCAAGUCACUCAAGGAUUCCUGCUCGUGGGCUGGCCCAGCUCCACACACCCGGAACACCAAGCUGCCUCCCCUCCCAGCAAGUGGCUCCAGCCUGGAAAACUUCAGCGGCCCUGGGGGUGGCGGGCCCACAGGGCUGCUGCCCAACCCACGGCUGUCUGAGUUGGCAGCGAACGAGGUGACCAUGCUGAGCCAGCUGCAGGAGCGCCGCGACAGCUCCACCAGCACCAUCAGCUCGGCCUACACCGUGAGCCGCCGCUCCUCGGGCAUCUCCCCCUACUUCUCCAGCCGCCGCUCCAGUGAGGCCUCGCCCCUGGGCGCCGGCCGCCCCCACAACGCCAGCUCCGCGGACUCCUACGACCCCAUCUCCACAGACGCUUCGCGGAGGUCCAGCGAGGCCAGUCAGUGCAGCGGCGGGGGCCCGGGGCUGCUCAACCUCACGCCUGCGCAGCAGUACAGCCUGCGGGCCAAGUACGCGGCGGCCACCGGAGGGCCACCACCCACACCGCUCCCCGGCCUGGAGCGCAUGAGCCUGCGGACCAGGCUGGCGCUGCUGGAUGCGCCUGAGCGAUCUCUGCCCUCCUCUUUCCCACACCCACUAGGGCCCCGGCGUGGCAGCGACGGACCGGCUUACGGUCAAGGUCAUGGCCAUGGUCACUUGGGGGCUCUGCCCACCUUCCCCCAUGAAGCACCAGGCGGCGGCGCAAGACGGGCCAGCGACCCCGUGCGGCGGCCUGAUGCCCUAGCUCUGCCACGGGUACAGCGCUUCCACAGCGCCCACAACGUCAGCCCGGGGACACUGCCACCUUGCCCCGAGAGGCGAGGCCUCCGCCUGCCCAGCCACCCGAGCACCGACGGCAGCCUGGCUCAUACCGCUUACUCUCCCAGGCCACCCAGCAUCAGCGAGAAUGUGAUGAUGGAGGCCAUGGCCACAGGGAUGGACGGCACAGGGCCCGAGUCCGACCUGGGAUUGCCGGAGGAUGACCUGGUGCUCCCGGAUGACGUGGUGCAAUACAUCAAGGCACACACCAGUGGUGCCCUGGAGGAGAGCACAAGGCAGGUGUACCCCACGGAAAGCACCAGCUUCCCUGAGAACCCCAAACUGCCCAGCCCAGGCAUGCAUGGCCAUCGCAGACUAGUGGCUGCAGACUCCAAUGGGGGCCCCUCUGGCCCCUCAAUGGGAGGCUGCCAGCUGGGCUAUGGGGCACCCUCCAACCUGAACAAAAAUAACAUGCCUGUCCAGUGGAAUGAGGUGAGCUCUGGCACCAUGGAUGCCCCCCUGCCCAGCCAGGUGAAGCCUCCGCACUUCUCUCAGGGCAAUCUGGCUGUGGUACAGCAGAAGCCAGCCUUCAGCCAGUACCCGGGGUACAGUCCACAAGGCCUACAGCCCAGCCCUGGGGGCCUGGACAGCACCCAGCCACACCUCCAGCCCCAUAGCGGAGCCCCCUCUGCACCCAGGGUGAACUACAUGCAGCCGCUGCGACAGCCAGCCACAGGUGGUCAGUGUCUCAGCAUGACCUCUGCAGGGAGCCCCCACACCAACUUUGGCCAAGCCCACCCUCAGCUGAGCCCCAGCACUGCCGGUGGGGCCCUGAACCAGUUCCCCCAAUCCUGCAGCAAUAUGGCAGCCAAGCCAGGCCACCUGGGGCUUCCUCAGCAGAUGGAAGUUGCCUCUAACCCCUCCAUGAUGGGAGGCCACCACAGGGAAACUGGGGUUCCCAAUUCAGCACUGGCUGGGGUACCACCACCUCACCCAGCCCAGAGCUAUCCACAGCAGAGCCACCACCUGACAGGCCCCCUGAGUCAGGAGGGCUACCGCCAAGGCUCUAGCCUUCUGCCCCCCCACCAACCCGGCUUCCUGGAGUCCCAGCAGAGCACCAUGGGGGUGGCCACAUCCAGCUUUGGCCUAGUACAACCCCGGCCACCCCUUGAGCCCAGCCCCGUCGGCCGCCACCGGGGGGUACGUGCUGGGCAGCAGUUGGCCUAUGCCAGGGCCACUAGCCAGGCCAUGGCUUCCAUGUCAGUCAAUCAGGAGACAUCAGAGGCUGUGCCCAAGGGAGCAAUGGGCACCAUGGUGACCCUGCCUCCUCAGCCACCUCCGCAGGAUGCAGGCGGCACUCAGGACCACAGCACUCUCCACUACUAUGGCCAGAUCCACAUGUACGAACAGAAUGGGGGCCUGGAGAGCCACGGAGGCUGCCCAGCCAUGCGGCCCCAGCCACCAGCACCACAGACCUGCCCGGACAGCAUCCAGCCCCAGCCCUUGCCCUCACCAGGGGUCAACCAGGUGUCCAGCACCGUGGACUCCCAGCUCCUGGAGGCCCCCCAGAUCGACUUCGACGCCAUCAUGGAUGACGGCGAUCACUCGAGCUUGUUCUCGGGUGCGCUCAGCCCCAGCCUCCUCCACAGCCUCUCCCAGAACUCCUCCCGCCUUACCACCCCCCGGAACUCCCUGACUCUGCCCUCCAUCCCCACGGGCAUCAGCAACAUGGCCGUUGGGGACAUGAGCUCCAUGCUCACCAGCCUGGCCGAGGAGAACAAGUUCCUGAACAUGAUGACUUAAGGCCCGGGACCCUGGUGCAGAGCAGAGCUAGAGGGAUUCGUCACUUCCCCGGAGCAUGGGAAUGGCAUUCAUGUUUUCUUUUUCCAAAAAAGUAUUAAAUAGGGCUGAGAGGUUUUUUGCCAAUGGUUCAGACUAAAGACGUGUGAAGAGAAAGUUCGUGAGUAUCCUCUGGUCCUUUGGACUAUUUUUCAGAAUGCUAAAAAAAGGUCUCAAUAGGAAAGAAAAGAAUGAAAAACUCACGCACACAGUGCUUGUCAGCCUUUGGUGUUUGUGGGACCCACUGGGUUCUCGCUGCUCCCCUCUAUCAUUUGCCUAAUGGGGGAUUCCAUCGGCCAAGGGCUUCCCAAGUGCAUGCAGAAAGAGGGUCGGGGAGCCACGGUGGGGUUUGAAUCUGAAAGCCAUACUGGAUCUUCUACUCAAGGAAUUUGGGCUUCUCAUUCUGCCGCCUGUAAGGAAAAGGAAUUCCUGCCUACCCGGAUUCUUCUAAUAAACUUCAGCCUUGAGGUCUCUGAGUUCCUUUGCCACAGAGAAAAAAAAAAAAAAAGCCCAUUCGAUCCAAAUGUGUUGGAAACACAUCUUAACUCCAGGUUUGGUAGAGCUGGAAUCUCUACCCUCUGCAGCAGUGUUUGGGACCGGCAGAUUGCCCACGUAUAUAUGAUUGAAUAAAAUAUGUAAGUGUCACCAGGAAAAAGGAGAGAACAGGUGUAUUACCUGGAGUAAGCUGCUCCGGCCUGUCCCCUCUGUGUUUACAGUGUUCAUGCAUGUAGAAUGUAGCCCUUCCUAAAGGAACGCUUGUCUCUAAAUACCUCGGGGUUGCUGGAGCUGCUGUGGGUUAGGAAGACGGGGCCUCGAGGAGUCCAGGGCACACCGCAGCUUGAGGUGUCCCAGUAGGAAGAAGUCGCAUGUUUACCUAGUCCUGUUUCUCCAAUGCACUGUCUGCCCACCUUACCAUGGAUAACUCUAGGCUCGAGGGCAACCGUUGCCCAGCCUCCUGCGCGUGGUGCAUGCUGGUGAGUAGUCACCAGCAGCCCAAUCAGUGGUCUACUCCAGGCCACAACGAGCACCCCCUAUAACUUCUGAAUUCCCUGACCUCUACCCUCCCUGGUUAUUUGGCAGAGAAUGAUGUCCUGCAUGGCGUUUGGGUGGGGAUGGGAGGGUGAAGGGGUUGACUCUUGGACCCUGAGGGAUGGUCACAGUGUGACCAAGCCCCACCUGCAAGUGGAAUUUGGAAGUGACUCCAAAAAGACAUCAUUCCUGAGCAUACAGAGGGUGAACCGGUGCCUCUUCCCACUGUGCGCACGCACCCCAAACCUUCUCGUGUUGAAUUCCUGGCAACCUAGCCAAAACAACUGUGCCACGUAGCUUCAGUCCGGCUGUGACCCUGGCUCCUGAGAGGAACUUCUCGACAGUCUGUGGACAGGGCCCAGGGCUGAUUAACUGGGCCCUCUGUUUCCCAGGAAAGCAAAACUCCUUGUUAAGACCCAGAGAUGAGGCCAACUUCAAAUGACAGCCCUGAGCCUUCGCCAGGGGUGUGUGGCUCUGGUGGCGUAUGCUCCCUUCCUGGGAUAGGGCUGUACUCGCCGUCCCCAACCUGUAUAUAUUUUGUGAAGAAAACGUCGUCCCUGAAUAUACUGUAGGUGAGUCGUCCGGCCAAAUUUAUAUCUCCAAAACAUUUUUAGCUUUUUCUACAUGCUAUGAAUUGAGAUGACACGCUCAACUUGUAAAUAAGUCUUUUUGUACAUUAAAAAAGUAAUUUUUUCAUAA